AUGAGUAUAGCUGCAUAUGCGUAUGAAGCUGACAGAGCUAAACGUUUAUAUUUUGGUCAAUACUCUCUCACACUUACUGACAAAUAUAUUGUUAUCACUGAUGGAAAUACUGAGAAAUACAUAACAUGGAAGGACUAUGAAAAGUUUGACCCUAUUUUAACUCCAUGUACUAUGCCGUUUAUAAAGGACGGUGAAAUUAUUGAAAAAGAUAAUACAACCAUAUAUAGGUCUGUUUAUGAAGCAUUAGAAUAUAUGUUGAAUCAUAACCCAAAAAGAUUUGACCCAAGCACUACACCAUGUGCAAUGCCUUUUAUUAAGGACGGUGAAAUCGUAAGAGUUCCGGAUUCAACGGUUUACACAGCUGUUCAAAACAGUUUACAAAACAUUUUAGCGAAUAUCUUUAAUUCAGAAACUACAGAAAUAAAAUUACCGUAUAUAACAGAUGCUAAAGAAAUUAAAUCAAAAACGACAACAUUAUUUACGUCACUUAAUGAUUUAAUGACUUAUAUCAUUAAUAUUCCUGCACCAACUACAGCAUUUGAUCCAAACUCGACGGUUUGCAGUGUACCUUUCAUAAAUGACAGUUCAUUAAUUACUUUAAGGGAUUCGACAGUAAAUGAAUCAUUAAAGGCGUCAUUAAUGAAAAUCAUUGAUUUUAACUCAUUCACGAAUACAUAUAAUUCAUUCAUUAAUGUUUCAUAUGCUUCUAAAGAAGGUGAGCCAAAAACUAUUGAUAAAGCGGUGUAUGAAAUAAAAGCAUCAACGACGAAAUUGAAUUCGUUAACUUUUGACGGUGAUAGUUUCGUUAAUGACAUAACAUCGGGGAAAACAAUUUUAACGAAAGAAUAUUUAAAAUCUCAUGUUAGUGAGUUCGUUGAAAUUGAAAAAGAAGGCGGAAUUAAGUUCGAUCCACUGAGUUUCAUUUUCAACUUAGCUAAUGCGGGCAUUAGUUUUGCGGAAUGGACAACGAUACAGAGUGAGAUAAAUGCAAUAUGGACGUUUUUGGGGUCAAAAGCGGGAAUGGGUGAGCUUGUAAAUGCUGCAAGAACAUUAGGUGAAACAGGAAAUUUUGUAGAUGGUUUUAAAAGACUUGUUUCAAAUGUUUUAACAAACACAAAGAAAUUAUUUAGAUAUACCGUACAUAACGGACGGAUUUUCGAACAGAUAGCAACAAACCCUCCGGUUAUGGCUGCGUUGAUGAUGGUUAGAGAUAUAAAACCACGUAACGACGGGAACGAAGAACAUGAACAACAGGAUACUGGUCGGGUUAUUCGAGACAUUAAAAACGUGUAUCCUGAAGUUAUUGAUUUAUUUAGAGGAGUUAAUGAUUCAAUUUCAAAACAUUCUAUAACCCUCGAUGAAGAGAAUAAAUUAACAGAUUAUAUAUUCGUCAUUAUUGCAGAAUUAAUGAAGAGAAUAAAUGAAAAAGGAAUUGGUGAUAUCAUUAAUGUCAGCGAUGUAAUGAUGAAAAGAAAUUUUGACUCAUUAUUUACAAAACCGAAAACAGAAUAUAGUCUUUAUGACGUAAUUACCGAAUUAAUGAAAAAGAUUAAUGAUAAUAAGAGUUCUGGCGGAAGAGUUGAAUUAGAAGUGAAUGAUGUUAAUGAGAAAUUAGCCGAAAAAGCAGACAAAAAUGAGCUUUUAGCUCUGAGUGAUAAAGUCAAGAACCACGUUCAUUAUAUAACUUCAGAGGAACAGAUUAUAACGGACUACCAUGGAUAUUUAACACGAAGUGAUGAAGCGAAGACAAAAAAUGUUAAUGAAAGAAGAUAUAAAUACAUUCGUGCUAAAGGUUAUGACAUAAGCUGUACUGUACAGUAUGAUGUAGCUAAAGCACCAGAAGCAUUUGGUUAUACCGGUGAAAUUUAUGCCUCUACUUUCAAUGUUAACGGUGUAUUAGUUGAACCAAGAUUUACAUUGAGAGUUAAGGCAAAAAUAACGUUUGAAGAUGCUAUUAAAAGUAAAGCUGACAAAGUUGAACUCGAAGCAAUGAACAAAGUUUUGAAAUCUCAUAAACACAACAUCUCCGAUAUAAAUGAACUUCAAGCUACAUUAGACAGUAAAGCCGACAAGAACCAUACACAUGAAUCCUUCACUACUGUUAGAGCAGACGACAUAAUAUUGAACUAUACCCUUGGUUCAAGUGCACCUUUAGAGAAUCCAAGUACAAGCGUAAAAGAUACACUAAACAAUUUAGAUAGUAAAUGUAUGAACAUUGAAGGUCAUGCCAGAAACUUUGAAGCAUAUGAACUACCAGCAAUGUUAGAUAAGAAAGCCGACAAAACUUAUGUAGAUGAAAAUUAUGCAAAGAAGUCGGAAGUAAAUGCUGCGCUUAAUGGAAAAGCCGACAAGAACCAUACACAUGAAGAAUUUCAAACAAUCAAGAUUAAAGAAAUUAAAGCAUGCAUCGAAAUAGUAACAAAAACAGGAAGAAACGGUGCAACUGUACAAGAACAAAGAAUUUAUCCUCCUACUUUUCCUAAUGGUUUAAUAACAAACAAUAUAAAUAUUGUAGAUGGCAAAGGAUUUAUAAAUGUUAAACAUGAACUUCAAACAAUGAAGGCUCAGAUUCUUCAAACAUUUUAUCCUGUUGGUUCUAUUUAUACGUCAAUGAAUUCAACAAAUCCAGCAAGUGUUUUAGGUUUUGGUACAUGGCAGCAGAUUGUAGACAAAUUCUUAUACUGUGCUAACUCUUCAAAGCAAACAGGAGGUUCGAAGAAAAUUACUGAAGCAAACUUACCUCCGCACACUCAUACAGGAACUACAAACUUUUCUGGCGACCAUAGCCACUCAUUAAGAGACCAUCCAUUAUACAACUCAGAGUAUGAAGCUGGCAAUGAUGUUUUAUCUCCAUCUUAUAACAAUUCAGCAAAAAAGACUUUUCGACCAACUGAACCAGGAGGAAAUCAUUCACACACUUUCACAACAAAUCCAACAGGCUCGGGUGCAGAUUAUAUGCCACCAUUUAUGACGGUUUAUGCAUGGUACCGCGUUCAAUGA